UGUUUCGUGUACAUUUUAUUUUUUGUUACGAAAGAUUUGUCGUACGACUUAAUUUUUUAUGUUGGAAAACCGCGCCAUACUCGAUGUAUGCACAACUCUGAUUCUCUGUAUCGAGGCUUGUAAUCCACAGUCUUUUUACCGUCGUCUGAGACGGUUAUCUGUCUCCCAAAUAAACUGAUUUCACCGACACUUGUGAGUCCGACUUUUAUUGGGGCAGAACAGUAAAAAGACUAGGAUGUCUACCUCAGCAGAGCAGAUCACUCCCGACUCAACAGAGGGCACCCAGGUCACUCCUGACCCUACAGAGGAUGCCCGGGAAUCACAGACGACUGAUGGCAAGAGGCAGUACGUCACACAAGAUGAAGAGGAGUAUCAGGAAGAGUACUAUCAGGAUGAGGACUCCUUUGCCGACAUCUUAGCGAAGAAGAGGGCUGAUGUAAGCCGAGCAAAGGCUAGGAUGGCAUACACCGCCAGAGAAUUGGAGCUCAGGAAACAACGAGUGGAACUCGAUGCUGCAAUGGAAAUGCUACAUCUCGAGAGAGAGGCUGCAGAAGCUGAAGCUGAUUGUCAAGCCUUUGAAUCGACCAUGAUACAGAUGUCACCUAUGAAGAGACGAACGAGUUCCUUAGGCGAAGUCAGCAACUUUAAACCAGGACAGGAUCAAUCCACUCCACGUCAACCUUCUGCAUCGCCAGGACUACUGACCGGUACUUCCGAUCCGACUCAACUUGACCCGGAUGCACAACCCUAUGUACCUGCAGCACAGCCUUUGGUUCCUGACACACAGCCGUCCGUGCCUGUCGCACAACCGUACGUGCCUACUGCACAGCCUUAUGUGCGUGCCGCACAGCCGUACGUGCCUACUGCACAGCCUUAUGUGCCUGCCCCACAGCCCAACGUGCCUGCCGCACAGCCUUAUGUGCCUGCCGCACAACCUCACGUGCCUGCCGCACAACCUUACGUGCCUGCCGCACAACCUCACGUGCCUGCCGCACAGCCUCAUGUGCCUGCCGCACAGCCUUACGUGCCUGCUGCACAACCUCACAUGCCUGCCGCACAACCUCACGUGCCUGCCGCACAACCUUACGUGCCUGCCGCACAACCUCACGUGCCUGCCGCACAACCUCACGUGCCUGCCGCACAACCUCACGUGCCUGCCGCACAGCCAUCCAUGCCUGCCGCGCAGCCUCAUGUGCCUGCCGCACACCCUCACGUGCCUACCGCACACCCUCACGUGCCUGUCGCACAACCGUAUGUGGCUGCCUCACACCCCUUAUCACCACUUGUGACUGAUCAGGGACCACAAGUAACUGAUGUUACCCGAUUCCUCCUGAGGAAGGACUUGCUAUUCUCCAGACUUACUCACUUUGACGAUAGACCAGAAUCAUACAGUGCCUGGAAACACAGCUUUAUGUGUGUAGUGAAUGAGCUUCAAGUCUUGGACUCCGAGCAGAUGGACCUUCUUAUCAAGUACUUAGGUCCGGAAUCUAAGAAGCACGCAACAAGCAUGAGGACAUCCAACAUCUUCGACAUCUCAAGAGGACUAAGAAGACUUUGGGAAAGGUUGGAUGAGCGCUAUGGUGCACCAGAACAUGUGGAAGCAUCCGUAAGAGCCAAACUGUUGAGUUUCCCAAAGCUUGGCAACAGAGAUCAUCAAAAACUUUACGAUCUGUCAGACAUUCUUAUGGAGAUGAAGUUUUUGAAGGAGGAUCCGAAGUACAGUGCAAUGUUGGCCUAUCUAGACUCAUCCUCAGGGAUUAGACCCAUCAUUUCAAAACUUCCGUAUGGCCUGCAGGAGAAAUGGACCAACAGAGCCAUGAAGUACAAGCUUGAACAUCAGACUGUGUUUCCACCCUUUGGUGUGUUUGUUGACUUCAUGAAGGAGAUGAGCAGAGUGAAAAACGACCCAAGUUUUGCGUAUCACACUGACGCUAACCACAACGAAAAGCAGCCUAUGAACGUUCCAAGGGGAAGAGUGAACACGAAGAAAACCACAGUGUAUCAACCAACAGGAUCCGGAAAUCUGAGCGAGCCGAAGCUUGAUGUGUGUAUAAUUCACACCGGUCCGGGUGUUAAACACAGUGUCAAUAACUGUCGAGUGUUUAAGGCCAAGCCUAUUGAAGAACGUAUGAAGUUGCUCCGUGAACACAGACUCUGUUUUCGGUGUUGUUCCGCAAGUCAUAGGAAACAAGACUGUAAAGAGGCCAUCAUGUGCAAGGAAUGCGGAAGUGAGUUCCACACUACGUCUCUCCAUGUUGAUUCGUCACCAGCUCCUACCACUGGAAGGGCCUCAUCAGUUCAUGGCGGGGAGGAGGCUCCUAGGCGUCAGCAAGUAACAAAAGAACAGCACGUCACAACCAUAAACAGCAACUGCACAGAAGUAGGGAAGGAAUUUAAGGGAAAAUCUUGUGCAAGAAUUGUUCCCGCGACUGUCACCUAUGAUGGAAGAGCUGUCUCUCUGUAUGCUAUGCUUGACGACCAGAGUAACAAGACCUUGGCUAAGAAGGAAUUGUUUGACUUGCUGAACAUCAAUACAGAGACAAUACCUUACCUGAUGACGUCAUGUUCUGGACAAGUGACAACCUUCGGGAGAACUGCCUCAGGACUCUAUAUUGAAUCAGCCAGGGGUGAGACCAGACUACCCUUGCCGUGCACGUUAGAGUGUGAUGAAAUACCGAACAACUACCAAGAGAUCCCUACACCUGACGUUGCUCUUCAGCACAAGCACAUGCGGGAUAUAGCCGGCGACAUCCUACCCAUUGACGCUUCAAGAAAAAUUCUGUUGCUGAUAGGAAGAGACCUUCCUCAAGUCCACCAUGUUCUUGAGCAGCGCAUAGGACGUGACCACGAACCAUUUGCACAGAGGUCACCCCUUGGUUGGACGAUCAUCGGCGACACAUGCUUGUCUGGACAACACAGACCAAGAGCUGCGAAUGUGUACAAGACCUUCAUCACGGACAGCGGACGUGGAACUAUUCUUGAACCAUGUGCCCAGUACUUAUCCGUGAGAGAGAAGCUUCCAACCAGAGAUGUGACAAACAGAUUACGGGUAUCUGACACUUCAUCUGAUGAACACUUAUUCAGACGCACACCAGAUGAUAACAAAGUGGGAUCAUCAGUGGAAGAUAGGAUGUUUAUGGACAUCAUGAACAAAGAACUAUUGAUAGGUGAGGAUGGAAAGUGGGUAGCUCCCCUACCCUUCCGCCAACCAAGAUUACGACUACCAAACAACUAUGAGGUUGCAUUGAGACGUGCACGAGCCUUGGACGCAAGUCUCAAGAGAGAUCCAGUAAAGAAGGAACACUUUGCGACCUUUAUGACAAAGCUGUUCGACAACGAUCAUGCUGAGAAAGCACCCACUUCCAAGUCAACGCAGGAGCAGUGGUUUCUUCCUCUCUUCGGGGUCUACCACCCUCAGAAACCUCACCAGAUCCGGGGCGUAUUUGAUUCCUCUGCGAAGUUCAAGGGAACCUCUUUGAACGACCAACUGCUGUCUGGCCCGAACCUCACCAACAGCUUGCUUGGAGUGUUGCUUCGUUUCAGGAAGGAGAUGAUUGCUGUCGUAGCAGACGUGCAGCACAUGUUUCACUGCUUCACCGUCAGAGAAGAGCACAGAGACUUUCUCAGCUUCCUUUGGUACAAGGACAACGAGAUCGGAACGGAACUAACAGAAUUCCGAAUGAAGGUCCACGUUUUUGGUAAUAGUCCUUCUCCGGCCAUAGCGACACUGGGCCUCAGGAAGAUCUCAGAACUAUCUGAGGAAAGCCAUGGACCUGAUGUCAAGGAGUUCAUCAAGAGGAACUUCUACGUUGAUGAUGGUCUGACAUCAUGCUCAACAAGCCAAGAAGCAGUAGACCUGAUGUGCAGAACCCAGGACGCAUUGAAGCAAUACGGGAACCUAAGGCUCCACAAGUUCGCAUCAAACAGCGCGGAUGUCAUGAAGGCGUUUGAGCCACGAGACUUAGCACAGGACAUCUACGACCUGAACCUUGAUGAGGACCAGCUCGUGCAACGGAGUCUUGGUAUGCGAUGGAACUUGUCGAGUGAUAUGUUCGAGUUCCGCAUCUCUACUGAUGACAAGCCCACAACACGCAGAGGUGUACUGUCGACAGUGAACAGCCUCUUCGAUCCAUUAGGCUUUCUCUCACCUGUUAUCAUCAGCGGGAAACUCAUUCUUAGAGACGUAGUGACCUGUACCUCAGACUGGGAUGAGCCGCUGCCGGACCAUAUUCUGGCAAGCUGGGAAGAGUGGAGUUCAUCUCUGAAGGAGUUGGAGAAGAUCCACAUACCCAGAACAACCGUGGUACAUCUUAGCAAGGCAGUAAGAAAGGAACUGUGGACAUAUGCGGACGCGUCAGAGAAAGCCAUAGCUGCCGUUUCUUACAUGAAGGUGUACUGCGAAGAUGGCUCUGCGAUGACUGGAUUUCUACUAGGGAAGUCUAAAGUGGCACCAGUAUCAGGCCAUACCAUACCCCGUUUAGAGCUUUGUGCAGCUGUUCUAGCCAUUGAGAUAUCGCAGAUAGUCAUGGAUCACAUGGACAUAAUGUUCGACUCGGUGAAGUAUUUUUCCGACAGUCGUGUGGUAUUGGGGUAUAUCCACAAUGAUAAGAGACGAUUUUUUAUUUACGUCUCCAACAGGGUCGAGAAAAUCAGAAGCCUUAGUGAGCCGUCGCAGUGGAACUUUGUGCCGACACACCUCAACCCUGCUGACGAGGGCACUAGAGGCGUAGUUCCUAAGGACAUUGGAGAGUGUGCUUGGCUUAGAGGAACUACUCACCUGCAGCGCAUUGACGACGAAACCAAGGCAGAAGGGUUUCCCCUACAGGAACCUCUGUCAGACAGAGAAGUCAGACCUGUAUGUUUGAAGACUGAGUGUGAACCUAUGCUUGGAACUCAGAGAUAUGAGAGAUUUUCCAGCUGGGACAGAUUGGUCGAGGGUAUCGCCCUGCUCCAGCGAUUCAUCAUAAGCAGAAAGGGAGGUAAAUCACAGAUUUUACCGAAGUCCAUAGACUACUCUCAAAGAGCAGAAAACUACAUUAUCAAGACAGUGCAAAGAGAAGUCUAUUGUGAGGAGAUUUACUGUCUGAGGUCCAAACAACCAUUGCCGAAGAAUAGCAGCAUUCUUGCAUUGAGUCCGUUCCUCGACGACGAUGGUAUUGUUAGAGUUGGUGGACGCUUAAGACAUCUCAACGAUGCGACUGUCUGCAAGAGCCCUAUACUGAUACCGGGGAAGCAUCACAUUGCGACCUUACUUGUACGCAAGUACCAUCAACUGGUGCAACACCAAGGGCGCCACUUUACGGAGGGAAAGGUCAGGUCCUGUGGGUUCUGGGUCACCGGCUGCAAGCGCCUUGUUUCGUCCCUCAUUCACAAGUGUGUUACUUGUCGGCGACAACGUGGGAGCUUCGCAACCCAGAAGAUGUCUGACUUGCCUACAGACCGCAUACUGCCAGGAGAGCCACCGUUCACUUCGGUGGGAGUAGAUAUCUUUGGGCCCUGGGACGUCGUGACUCGUCGCACUCGGGGAGUUCCAGCCAACGGCAAACGAUGGGCAGCACUGUUCACAUGUCUGGUGACACGCGCAGUCCAUGUCGAGGUAGUAGAGGAGAUGUCCGCAUCAUCCUUCAUCAACGCCCUGAAGCGCUUUACAGCCAUACGAGGACAGGCAAAGGAGUACCGUUCCGACAGAGGAACCAACUUUGUUGGCGCUACCGACCCUCUACAGAUCGACGCAAUCAACGUGGAAGAUCGUCAGGUCAAGGAUUUCCUGCACUCUCGGGGAACAACCUGGAUUUUCAACCCGCCCCAUGCAUCCCAUAUGGGUGGAGCUUGGGAGCGCAUGAUAGGGUUGACACGGCGCAUAUUGGACAACAUGUUGAAGGAUCAUUCAGCACAGGGUCUUACGCACGAGGUACUUACCACCUUUCUGGCCGAGGCAAGUGCGAUCAUAAAUUCUCGCCCACUUACCGCCGUUUCGUCAGAUCCAGACUCGCCUUUUGUCCUUACCCCAAGCAUUUUGCUUACUCAGAAGACGGAUGUACCGACCGAAGCUGUAUGCGACACAACUGCUAAGGACCUCUUCAAGGUACAGUGGAAGAGAGUACAGCACCUCGCCAAGAUGUUCUGGGACAAAUGGAAGAAGGAAUACCUGCAUACCUUGCAAGCGCGUAAGAAGUGGCAUCAUGGUCAACGUAACAUUAGUGUUGGUGACAUAGUGUUGUUAAAGGAUGUCGAAACCCAUCGCAACAACUGGCCGCUUGGACGCAUUACUGCAACGUUUCCUGGCAAGGACAACUUGGUUCGCAAGGUUGAAGUACGUGUCAGCAAGGACGGCAAGACCACCUCUUACGUCAGACCAGUGACGGAACUCAUUUUAUUAUUGGAGAACUGAAUGUUUUCUGUACUAAAUUGUAUUCAAAUCUUGUGUGAUAUAAUUUUAUAUAUCAGACGGGGAGUGUCAUGUUUCGUGUACAUUUUAUUUUUUGUUACGAAAGAUUUGUCGUACGACUUAAUUUUUUAUGUUGGAAAACCGCGCCAUACUCGAUGUAUGCACAACUCUGAUUCUCUGUAUCGAGGCUUGUAAUCCACAGUGUAAGUCUUUUGACAUUUGUAAACUAGGUUAUUUCAACAUAUUUUUAUGUGAAUUAUCUGUAUGUUUCAUGUCAGUAAUGCUAAGCGAUGCAUAUUCUUGAAAUCUUGUAUUUUAUGUUUACCAUGUGCUCGGUGUAUGGGGCGCCAUUUUGUCCAUCAUAUUUCUGGUCAUUUAAUUUCGAGUUGCAGUUGAUUAAUUUACUUUAACUUGCUGUUUAUCAUAUGAAUAGACUGAAUUCAACUGUUUAAAUCAUAUGUGUAAGGUUUCAUAAUCUAAUUGCAAACUCUGUCCUAAUAUUUUUUGUAUGGAAACCUGUACCAGUCAUUGAUUGUUACAUUUUUUUUUGUUACAGCUUUUUACCGUCGUCUGAGACGGUUAUCUGUCUCCCAAAUAAACUGAUUUCACCGACA